AUGGCUGGUCUGCACCGCUGGCCGGUACCUUUUCUUCUCAUUCUUUCCCUUGCGGCGCGGGUUCUGGGUGAUUUCAUUGUGGAUGACUUCACGAAGCCCGCGCGGACAUGUGAGCCGUUCCUCCUGCAGUGGCAGGGCGGCAUAACGCCAUGGACAUUGCGCAUCCUCGACGCACAAACUUUAAACGUCAUCGACGACUUUGGGAGCACGAAAGAGACGGCCUUCACAUGGACGGUCGACGUUUCGGCUGGCCAUAGUGUGUUAGUGCAGGUGCAGGACGCGACGGGGAAAACGGCAGAGUCAAAGCCGUUGGCAGUGCAGGCUGGAUCGGCUGGCUGCAGAGCAUCAAAAACGAGUACGCGGAGUACUGUGGCUAGCACGACCAGUAAGCCCACCACCACCACGAAAGCUGCGGAGAGCACCAAGACGAUUACAUUCCAGCCGAGUUGGUCGUUUAUUGUCGAGCAACCAGCAGCAUCUACCAACACACCGACGAAUUCUAGUUCACGAUCAUCCAACUCAACAACGGCGCCUUUCCAAUCUAGUCAGGAACGGGAACCCGAUGCAUCCGCCAGCGCUGCUGCUGUGCCGGUCAUAGGCGCUGCCAGUGUUGCCGCACCAAACGUCGGGCUGAUAUUAGGGCUGCUGGUCCCUGGAGUGGCGCUCCUUGUUUUCAUGGUUGUUUUCAUUUCGCGGAGGCGGCGAGAAAGAAGGGAUGUCGAGCAUGUUGGCGAUCCGCAAAUGAGCCCAGUCUGGUAUGCCCGGCCGGGAUACGGCUUUGCCUCCGCGCCAACUGCCACUACUUCCGAUGCGCUGAGCUACAGCACUUUCCAAGCACAAGCACAAGCGACAUCGCAGUCGUCUACUUCGAUUUCGCGGGCCGAUAUUCCGAGCUCUCGCUACCGUGACUCGCUGUCAACGCACGUGAGCACCUUAUCGUCUGCGAGCGGGGAUCUGGGGGCGCGGGUACAGCGCGGUGUUGGUGAGCUGGAGAGGCAAACGCAGUUGAGCGCGUUUCGGUUCCCGUCUGCGGGAUACUGA